GCAGCGCCGCCGGUUUCUCAUCCAAUGUUUGUAGAAUACCACAAGAAUUAUGUAUUUCAAGAAACACAGCUGUCACUACCAAGUUUAACUGCGCAGAUCAGACCUCCGGAAACUGUAACACGGGGUAAAUCGGUCAUAUAUUCCAAACAGGACGCAGCUGAAGCGCUCCAGCAUUUUGAGGAUGGCUCUGUCCGGCUCGGAAACGAUGAACCAAGAUGAACACGAAGAGUCGUUCAUUCUUCGAGCUUUCAAGAUAGCCGCUGUGGUCGCACUUUACUGGUUCGUUUCAAUAACAAUGGUUUUCCUCAAUAACUACCUGCUGGACAACCGAGAGCUGGAUGCGCCACUGUUUGUCACUUUCUACCAGUGUGUGGUGACCGUGGGUCUGUGCUGGAUCAUGCAGCUUUUCGCCAAGCUGUGUCCCGGAGUCAUCGACUUCCCGUCGGUCAGAUUCGACUUGAAAACGUCGCGUGAAGUCCUGCCGCUGUCCAUUGUCUUCAUCGGAAUGAUCACCUUCAACAACUUGUGCUUAAAAUACGUCGGAGUGGCUUUUUACACAAUCGGACGAUCCCUCAGCACUGUUUUUAACGUGCUGUUAUCAUUUGUUAUCCUGAAGCAAACCACAUCUUACCAAGCUCUAAUCUGCUGUGGGACCAUUCUUGGUGGAUUCUGGCUGGGUGUGGACCAGGAAGGCCUGGCUGGGUCCCUGUCUUGGUCCGGUGUGUUUUUUGGGGUGCUGGCAAGCGCCUUUGUGUCUCUCAAUGCCAUUUACACCAAGAAGGUGAUGCCUGCUGUGGAUGGAAGCAUCUGGAAACUGUCCUUUUACAACAACAUCAAUGCGUGUGUCCUCUUCCUUCCUCUCAUCUUUGUGUUUGGGGAAGUGGGAAAAGUGGGCAGCUUUAGUGGACUGACCAAUCUCCACUUUUGGGGGAUGAUGACGCUAGGAGGGGUGUUUGGUUUUGCCAUCGGCUACGUCACAGGCCUCCAGAUCAAAUUUACCAGCCCUCUCACUCAUAACGUCUCAGGAACAGCAAAGGCUUGUGCUCAGACUGUUAUAGCAGUGGUGUAUAACUCAUCCAGUAAGAGCCUGCUUUGGUGGACCAGUAACAUGAUGGUUCUGGGCGGCUCUUCAGCUUACACGUGGGUCAAAAGUAGAGAAAUGCAGAAAUCUACACACAGAGGGCCUCAGGACUCUGCUAAGGAAAAACUGCUUUUUGCGGAGAAAGAGAACUCUGGGGUGUAACCACACUUGGUUAGUACAAGUAAAUUAUGAAUGUGAAAUGCUCUUGAAUUUGGAAUGAUUUGUAAUUUAAAUUAUUGUAACAGUCUGUUUAAGAGACUAGUUUUCUGUCAGCUUUUUAUUACGGUUUUAUACUCAGAUAUUUUUCUUUUAUAGUUUAGUACACAAAGGGAAGAGAAAAACACUCUGCUUGAGGGUGAUUAUAAUAAUAAGGAUUGUGAUAUUGUCAAGACAUUUACGGCACAUUUGUUGCUCAUUGUGGAACUUUUCUACAUCUCAACUGUGAGUGCAGUCUUCUCACAAAGAAAAGGUUUGAAGUUAUAGUCACUGUUAUGUUUAAUGUGGGGAUUUGCAGGAAGUCUUGUUAAGGAUAGAAUGAACAGCAUAUAAAAGGUAUUUAUUAGUUCAAGGUAAAAGCUAAAAUGGACAAGCUAACAAAUAGCCUGCUCGUAGUGGACCAAUGCUCCUUUCCUCUUUAAAGAAAAGCUCCCACAUUUGGAAUUUAAGUUGUAUAGCUGCAAUAUAAAUUGAUCAUUCACUGCUGCAUGUUUUUUUGAGUUAGGACGGGUUGAAAUUCAAAUGGACUUUUCUGUUUAAUCAGUUGGUUUUAAACAAACUGGUCAUAAAAAAGAACAAUAAUUGACAGAAUCCCCAGGGUGCUGUGUUUAACUGCACCACCUGUUGAUUUAUGGUAUAUAAUGAUGUUUAUUUUAUAUCACGAGGCGUUCAUAUUAAAAGCAAAAACUUUUAAUUUUUUUAAAUCUUUGCAGCCUUCUAGUUCAGAACUAUAUGAACUAGAAAUUUCUUUAGAGGAAAUUUUGUACUUUAUUUGUAAGUCCUUUGAUUGUUUUCAAUCUACUCUCUUUAAUUUCUGUCUGUAUAAAUGUUAUAUAUUUUGACACUCUUGUCAAAUAAAACUACAAAGACCUUGUAUGUUUCUUCUGUUUGUUUUGGUAUGUUGGAAAUUUGGUUUAAAGAUUGAUCUUUUCAUAGGAUAAACAAUCAUUACCAAUGUAAUAGUUUGUUUUGUAAGUCUGAAAGACAUUUGUUGGGCAGGUAAAAAUCCAGUAUUUACCUCUUCUUUCCUAAGUGAUGAUUAAACCCUGUUAAAAUUCUAA